AUGGCAAAGAACAAGAUUACUCAGCCGGCAGCGGCAUACCCUUCACGAUCCACUAAUCUCCUGGAGAGACUCCAUCAAACUGCUAAGCAUGCUAAUGGCAACGGUCACUUGUCCGGCUCUCAGGUCAAGCUUCAAAUCUUGAUUGUUGGUGCAGGACUUGGCGGCUUAGCCACGGCUGUUGCGCUCACUCGUCAAGGCCACGAGGUUACAGUCUUGGAGCAAGCAGCUGUCUUGGGCGAGGUUGGUGCAGGUAUCCAGAUCCCUUCGAAUUCGUGCAGGUUGCUCAUGAAAUGGGGUCUCGGUCCAUAUCUUGAACAAUAUGCCGUGAAGCCAGAUAGUAUGACAUUUCGACGAUGGGAGAAUGGCGAUUCGAUCGCCUAUACAAGACUCUCCCCAGACUUUGAGGACAGAUACGGAGCGCCCUAUUUAGUCAUCCAUCGAGCAGACUUCCAUCGCGCCCUUUGCCGCCGGGCAGAAGACCUUGGAGUAAAGAUUGUGACUGACAGCAGGGUCACUGACUACGACGAGUCAAUUCCUUCCGCCACGACUUUUGAUGGUCGCGAAUACCGUGCCGAUCUGGUCAUCGCUGCAGACGGCGUCAAGUCACAAGCUCGAUCUGUUGUUCUCGGGGGUUCAGACCUGCCGCCGCAAAAGACUGGUUUUGCUGCUUAUCGCGCGACAGUAAAUACAGAGGAGAUGAAGCAAGAUGAAGACACAGCCUGGUUGCUUGAGAAGCCUGGGAUCAACAUCUGGUACGUGGGAGAUCCCUUCAGCAGUGCAGCGAAUGUUGACCAUCCUAGGAUUGGGGAAGACCGACACGUCAUGACGUACUCUAUCGCUGGGGGUAACUCUUUCAACAUGGUCUUAUCUCAUGUCGACCAUUCGUCACCGAGUACAUGGAAUGCUGAGAAUGCGAUCCGCGAUAUGCAAGACUCGUUCAAAGACUGGGAUCCAAAGUUGUUCAAAGUGAUCAAGAUGAUCAAGAGUACACUCAAAUGGCCCCUAAUGAGCGGCAGCCGUCUCCAAACUUGGAUCUCCAGGAGUAAAAAGCUCAUUAUCCUCGGAGACGCUGCCCACGCCAUGGUGCCAUACAUGUCCCAAGGUGCCGCCAUGGCCGUAGAAGACGGAGCCGCUCUCGCUACAGCCAUCUCAAAGAUCAAGUGCAAAGACCAAGUAUCGACGGCUCUGCAUGUCUUUGAGAAGGAGAGGAUGAGUCGAAGUUACGGUAUGCAGUCUGCAAGCUUGGUAAAUGGGAAGCUAUGGCAUUUUCCAGACGGUCCUCUACAGCAAGCUAGGGAUCUUGGGAUGAAGGCGGAGGUGGAAGGGCGGCCGUUUGUUGAGAGCACAAAUCAGUGGAGUGACCCUGUAACUCAGAUUUGGGCGUAUGGAUAUGAUGCUGAGGAUGCCAUAGAAGAACUCUGGAAGAGCGAGGGCGUAUAG